GUUUUUUAAGAACAACACUAGGCACAGAGAUGAAUAAUUUUACGGUAAUGAAAUGUUUAAAUAUUUCUAAAACUGUCAUUUUUAGGAACAGCCGAAUUCCGUUCAUUUUAACACCUUUGGCAUAUCGAUGUCCUCGACUUCAAGUUCGGUGUUUACAUUUCUCUUCAUGUCAAAGUCAUCUUCGUGUUAGAGUUUGUCAACGAAAAGAAAUAGUGAGAUAUUGCAGUUCAGGCGGGAAUCAAAAUAUACCCAAAGAGAAAAUCUUGUAUUUUGUUUAUUUGUCCUUUGUGAUGGGAGGAUGCCUUUUCAUUGCCAUAAUUUUUCGAGAGUUGGGCGAGUCCAAACAGCGAUGGAAAGGGAUUGAGCGAAUAAAAGACGAUCUACAGACAGGUCGACCACAGAUGAUCAAAUACAAGGACACUGUUUUACCGAUGUUUGUAGAGAAAAUUCUGGACGACGUGGAAAACUUUGAGACUAACGAAAAAGACAUUUGGGUGGUAUCAUUUCCACGGUCAGGUACAACAUUAUUACAAGAGAUGGUGGACCUGGUAAAUUCUGAGGGAGAUUUUGUUCGUGUCCAAACGAUGCCACUAGAGGAAAGAUUCCCAUAUUUUGAAUAUUCCUAUCCUGGCAUCAAAAGUAUUCAGAAGAUGGAAUCGCCUCGUCUAAUCAAGUCACACCUACCUCUUAGUCUUCUGCCAAAGAGUGUUAGAGAGGGCAAGGCAAAGAUAAUAUAUGUUGCCAGAAAUCCAAAAGACACCUGUGUAUCAUACUUCCACUUCGUACAGCUCCUUAAACCCACAUUUAGGUUCAAUGGCAACUUUAAUGAUUUCUUCAACAGAUUCAUCAAUAACAAAGUUCCAUAUAGUCCCUGGUGGCGUCAUGUGAAGGAAUUUUGGGACAUCAGAGAUUCACCCAAUGUUCUGUUUCUGAAAUACGAGGACAUUGUUGAGGACAUGGGAGGUACUGUGAUAACAAUAGCAGAAUUUCUGGGCAAGGACAUUCACCCAAUGGAGAUAAAAAUGAUUGCUACACACUGUAGUUUUGAUGUGAUGAAAAUUAACCCAAAUCUGAAUUUUUCAUGGUGGAAGGAGGUGGGAAUAGCUGAUAAAAAAGGCCAGGAUUUCAUACGGAGAGGUAAAAUUGGUACAUGGCGUGAGAUGUUUAAUGUAGAUCAGAACCUAAAGAUGGAGACGAUGAAGUAUUUAAAGUUGAAUGAGUGCGGACUGAGAUUUAAUGAAGGAGAAGAGAAGCAGACAAAUACAACAGACGAGAAAUCCUAGCUAGGCAUAUCUUGUGAAAAUUAAAUGAAUUUGUGUCACACAGAAACCAGGAUAUCUCAGUCAACAGAUUAAUCUAUGAUGAAAACAAAACACCUUCUCUCAUAUAGAAUCUCUCAUACAUCUGUAAGCAAUAUUAAUGUUGUACAGAGGACUUGUAGUGAUCAGUAUCAAGUAUAGAUUCCAAUACUUGCUGGCAAUGUUAUCUAGAAUACCCUACGUCUGGGUCUGGUGAUGUCACUUAUCAUGUUACCAUUUACACUGUUAAUAUUUUUUCCUGGAACAACUAUCCUGGAAGUAACAGGGAGGUUAGUUAAGCUUUUGUAUUAUGGUUGGUGUAAAAAAAAUACAUAUAUUUGUAAAGUUGUUGACUUAUAUCUGAUGGAUAAGAUGGGUCAGCUUUUACUUCUCCAUGCAGGUUAAAAAGUCAAAUACCAAAUUUGUGCAUUUGUUUGUGACCAUGUGAGUGCAAACCAACAGGAAUGGAAUACCAUAGUGCCAACACACAAGAUAUAACUGGAAAAUUGAAUUCAGAAGGCAUCAGACAUCAUUGGGUUGAAUUAGCCUAUGGUUGAAUUGCCGAUUUUCGACUUUCUUUAGAUAAUUAACAAAAAAAAACGAGAGUAUUUGCUCGGUAUGUUGAGAAUAUGUACACAGAUAUGAAAAAAGUGAGAGAAACACUUUUUCAUAAAAAAAAUCCAAGAUGGCUACUUCGCAAGUCCCCGUGGUUGAAGACAUUGGCCGACAAAUAGACAGAACAACAAACAAAACGUGUUCCUUAUGGUUUUGGUUGGUUUUCGCAUUUACGGGAUUGUUCAUAGCUACCGGCGAUUGUAUAAUACCUAUAUUUAUAUGUUUGCUUAGUCACAUGGUAACGGGGAUCUUUCAUAUCGAGCCCCAAACAUACUUUCGACAUAUGCACUCUGUUGCCGCAUGGAAAACUAUUUCAAGUUUUGUCGGAAUUUCUUUACCUGUGGUUGUAAUGGUCGAGGGUUUUCCAGCGUCCUGUAAUACCCAAGGUAGUACAAGAUACUGGAGAUGUGCGCACACAUUCCCAUCGUUCUCUCUCCAACUGGGCACUGGCAGUAGUAGUCCUUUAUUGGGGCCUCAACAUCGGGUGAAACGGUGAACCGUAUCCAAACGUUAUAUUUCGUUUGGCUUUUGUGUCGAGAAUGUAUUUUCUUUCAAUUUACAACCACAUUCAGGCGGCGAUAUGAGAACGUUCCACCACAUGGAAUUAGCUGAUUUUUGGUACACAUAUGAAACAAGUAAAGCUCUAUCCGAUUUUCUGAUGGAAAUUUGCAUCCAAAAACUAUAUAACUGGAGAAAAUUGCAAAUUUAUGGCAUUUUUCUUCAUAAUUGUGCGCGUUUUCAUCCGUUAUGAAUAAAUACGAUGUUUUGGAAAUAUUUAUCAAAAGAAAUUUAUACUAUGUUGCGAAUUACAAUUUCGAGAUAACCUUUUAUUUACGAACUUAUGUCUUUGAUGCUGAGAUUGACAACUUUAUAAAAAUACAUUUUCACUGAAAUUAUGAAAUCUGGGUGUCGGAGAGGUGUAAAAUUAUUUUUCGGAAAAGAAAAAACAGUUGUUGAGCUAGAUAAGAAAUUAUAUGGGGGCAAGCUCCUAUGGAGAAUUAACAUUACUGGAAACAGGCCCUUUCACAAAAACCAAAGACAAGAUCAUUCUAUCUCCCCUCAGUUUUAUUAUUUCUUCAUCGGUUACAUUACCUUUUUGUCUGCUGACAAGGACCCGUCUGUGCAUCUCUUCUGAAUAUGAAAGCUCCACAUUGCUUUGACUGACAUUUGACAAUCUUCUUAUUGUUUAUGUUUUAUUUUAUUUUUAUACUCCUGUAAACAAGUAGAGAGAAGGUAGGUGUGGGCAGUUUUAUAGGAGUCAUAUUGUCUCU